CGGACAGCAUAAAACAUUUUCUCGAGCGGCGCGCGCGUAAUUUUGUUUGAGGUUAUGUUAGUAUUAAUUCGUCAUUCGCCUUAGGCGAACGUGCCGCGUCGAGCAGCUUGUCGUCGGCUGCAAUCGUGUAGUGCAUCAGCUGCGUCGAUCGAUAUGUUUUGUGUUGUGUCGACUUCUGCAUAUAUAUAGUUUGAAUGAUCGAUUUGAAACUUAACGACUUUUAAUAUGAUCGCGACUUUUGAACUAAAGUGCCAAACGAUCGCCAGUGUCUGCAUGACUUGGAUAAAUUAAAAAAAAAGGUUUGUGUUUCCAUGGGUGCGCCGGCUUGGGGGUCGCGCGGCGGCGGCGACCGGCCGCGGCUGCUCCGCAUGACGCCGCUGCGGCACAGCUUCGCGGCGCCCGCCUCGCCGCCCGCGCAACCGCCCCCGCGCUCCCACGACUAUGCCUCCGACGCCGAUACUAAUAAGAAAGAAGAAAGUUGGAACGCAAACCUGUCACAAAGAUGGAGAAAGUUGCGCCGCCGUUGCUCGCGGCUACGACCUGGAUCUGGCAACCGAGAGCCCAGCCCCGUGCGUUGCUCGCCUUCUCCGCCGCGCCCGCCUCCACACUGCUCGCCGGCGCCGCCGGCUAAGUUAUCCUUCAGACAUCGUGGGAAGGUGUACACUACGGCAUCUCUACGAGUGACUAAUGGAGCGCCUGAUCUCCUCCGUGCCUUAGGCAAACUCGGUGGAGGUCUUCGACGACGGGCUCUAUCUGCACACGACGUCCUUGCCCCGCAGCAGCAGCAACAACCUGCUACCUUCUACGUUCCUAGCCCAACCGCUGUGAGAUCACCACCAUCGCCUUCUCCGCGGCAAAGUACUCUGCGUCGGCGAUGUAGCUCUCCAAACGUAUACCGCGCUAAAACUUCGCCUGCGCCUCGCGAUCGUGCUCCCUUAAUAUGUCCAGACGACGAAAAUAGGGACGUGGUAGACUUUAAUUAUAUACCAGAACGUAGAAAGAGUAGUGAAUCACGAACUCGAAGGCCUUAUAGUGAAAACGUUGAAUUAGAUGGUCCAGUGUAUAGAAAUGGGUACAGUCGUUUAACGCCAGAGCCCGCACAAAGGUUGUGGGAAGAGCCUUACCGCUUGCCGCGAGUGCAGGCUCGACAGGACCCUAUGCAGCCGCUGCGCAACGGCGUGGCCGAGCUGCGCGUGAGUGCGACGCCUAGGAGCGCGCGCCCGCCGCCAGCCCCUCCUACUUCAGGACAACAGACUAAACGACCGCCGCCGCCAGAACCACGUGACGGGGUACAGUCCUUUGAGGUUCGGUUUACCAAAUCAGCAGGAGGGAAAGGCCUCGGCUUCAGCAUCGUGGGUGGUCGGGAUUCUCCGCGAGGCAACAUGGGCAUCUUCGUCAAGACUAUCUUCAAUAACGGACAAGCUGCCGAAUCGGGCUUACUGCGCGAAGGAGACGAGAUCGUAUCAGUAAACGGGCGCGGCACGGCGGGCCUGACGCACGGCGAGGCCAUCCGACUGUUCAAGGACGUGCGCGCGGGCCCGGUGCUGCUGCGCGUGGCGCGGCGUGCGCCGGCGCCGAUGCGCUGACUGCCCUGCGCCUGCUGCGGCCCACCGCACCAGGCGCAAACUGACUCUUACUCAACCUUGUAAAUAACCUACUUUAGGCCUAAAGAAGUCUGCUAGAUUUCGCCAAACAAAAAUGAAGUUAAUCUGAGAAGAUAUAGC